CCAUCAACCAUAUACAAACGUUGUUCUCUCUUGAAAACACACCCAUCUCUCUCUCUCUCUCUCUCUCUCUCUCUCUCUCUCUCUCACACACACACACACACACACACACACAUGGCUGAUGUUCAAGAAGGACAUGGUAUUAAGCUAUUCGGAGCAACAAUAGCAGUGCAAGUGAGAAAAGCAAAGGAGGAGCCCGAGCCAAGCAAAUCAGAUGAUCUAACCACAGAAAAGAGACCCGACAAAAUCAUACCAUGCCCGAGGUGCAAAAGCAUGGAAACCAAGUUUUGUUACUUCAACAACUACAAUGUUAACCAACCAAGGCACUUCUGCAAGGGCUGCCAGCGGUACUGGACCGCCGGUGGGGCCCUCCGCAACGUGCCCGUUGGAGCCGGCCGCCGGAAGAACAAGCCACCGUGCCAGGGAUUCAUCGGCGGGUUCUCGCCGGAGAGUUGCUUCUUUGAUGCCUCUGCUGCCCAUGUGGUGCAACAGUUUGACUUUGCUGGGAUGGUGGAGGGGUGGCAGUUGGCGGCGGCACACAGCAGUUUCCACCAUGUUUUCCCGGUAAAGAGGCGUAGGAGCGGAGCAGCAGUUGGUCAAAGUUGAUAAUUUUUUCUUUUCUUUUUUUGGUUACUUGUCCAUAGUCCGAUAACUCAGAAAUUUGACUAUAGCCAAUAUAAAAUAUUGGCUAGUGAUCUAGUGGUGGUGUAAAUACCAGCUGUCUUAAUUAAUAAAUUAAAGAAAUGAUUUAAGUAAUUGUCUCAA